UCAACUUUGAUUAUUAAUCCUGUUGACUUUCGUUGACCAGAUGCGUGAGAUUUGCAAGUGAAAUAGCCGGAGUCCAAGAUCUUGGGAUGUUGGGACGUGGAAGUGGAGAAGAAAUUGGAACAUAUGUUGAGAAACUUAUGACUAGUGAACUUUCAGGAAAUGUAAUCGAUAUUUGUCCUGUAGGUGCCUUAACUUCAAAACCCUUUGCUUUCAAAGCAAGAAAUUGGGAGUUAAAAGGAACCGAAACCAUCGAUGUCACAGAUGCUGUUGGCUCCAACAUCCGUAUCGACAGUCGAGGCCCCGAAGUCAUGCGCAUUGUCCCACGCUUAAACGAGGACAUUAAUGAGGAAUGGAUAUCGGAUAAAACCCGUUUCUGUUAUGACGGUUUGAAGAGACAGAGACUCCGUGAUCCGAUGAUUCGCGGUGCUGAUGGCCACUUUAAACCGGUGAGCUGGCGGGAUGCUCUUGCUGUGGUAGCGGAAGUUCUCCACCAAGUGAAACCGGAAGAAAUUGUCGGGGUUGCUGGAAAGUUAAGUGAUGCUGAAUCCAUGAUGUCGCUCAAAGAUUUCUUGAACAGAAUGGGAUCAAAUAACAUUUGGUGUGAAGGAAAUGGGAAGUAUCUAGAUGCCGAUCUUCGUUCUGGAUAUCUCAUGAACACUAGCAUAAGUGGUUUAGAAAAAGCCGAUUGCUUUCUUCUUGUUGGAACUCAGCCACGUGUUGAAGCUGCAAUGGUGAACGCGCGAAUCCGCAAAACAGUCCGAGCCACGAAAGCCAAAGUCGGAUACAUCGCCGCAAUCUUGGACGGCAACCACCCGUUCUCCGCCGCCCUCUCCACCGCUAAAAACCCCGCCAUCAUCAUCGGCGCCGGAAUCUUCGACCGCCAAGACACCGCCGCGAUCCUCUCCCUCCUCAACUCCCUCUCCGCCAAAUUCAAAAACCUAAUCACCCCGGAAUGGAACGGCCUCAACGUCCUCCUCCUCAACGCCGCCCAAGCUGCCGCCCUCGACCUCGGCCUCACCCCGGAAUCCGACUCCGGAAUGGAAUCAGCCAAAUUCGUUUACUUAAUGGGAGCCGACGACACUAAUUUAGACGAUCUUCCAAAAGACGCUGAGAAGGAAGGGACGUAUGAGAACACCGAAGGGUGUGUCCAACAAACUGUGCCAGCUGUCCCGACUGUUGGUGAUGCGAGAGAGGAUUGGAAGAUCAUAAGGGCGCUUUCGGAAGUUUGUGGGGUCCGGCUACCUUACGAUAGUAUUAGUGGGGUCCGGUCUAGGAUUAAGAAUGUGGCGCCGAAUUUAUUGCGGGUUGAUGAGCGGGAGGCGGCGGUGUUUUCGGGGUUGUUGAAACCGGAGGGGAGUGGGAAGGUGAGCGCGGUGCCGUUUGGUGUUACGGUGGAGAAUUUUUAUAUGACGGAUGCGAUUACAAGGGCUUCCAAGAUUAUGGCGCAAUGCAGUGCUUUGUUGGCUAAGAAAUGA